GAACGUUUCACGAAACAGUACAACGCUUUGACUCAUAAUUGUCAUCACUAUGCCAACAAACUUGCAGAAAUAAUGUGUCUGAAUUCAUCUUGUCCUGAUUGGUGUACGACUAUCUAUUUGUGGAGGUGAUGAUUGUAUGGUGAUCGACAAUUAGAGAUGCCAAAGCCCUCUGAUAAAUCUUGCAAUAACACUGAAAAUGUACCAUGUACUUUGACGGAUUGACGCAAAUUGUUCAAACCAGUCGCUUUCAAAAUGUUAGUUUAAAUUUAUCUUCAUGUAGAAACGAGUAUUUAGUAUAUGCAUUACAUAUAUUUUUCAUUUACAUUUUAUGAUGAUAUUGUUUUGCUGUAUUCUUGUAAGUUUUACAAGUUUGUUAAAUAAAUGGGUUUUAAUAAAUUAAAGGUUACAAUAUUUGCUAUGCAUUUUGAAAGUGCUAAAGGCUGAAGAAUUAGCAGACUUGAUUAAACAACGAACUGAAUUCCUGGCGUAUUUAAUCCGGUUCUGCACAUUUAAACCGAUGUAUUGUGUCCAGUUUAUUUUAGGGAUUUUCAAUAAUACAAUGCACAACGGAAGUCUGAAUUUCUCUCAAUAAUGAACAUAUUUCUUCCAAUCAUGAAGCAAUGUUCAGUAGGAAACGAGUAUUUAGUAUAUGCAUUACAUAUAUUUCUCAUUUACAUUUUAUGAUGAUAUUGUUUUGCUGUAUUCUUGUAAGUUUUACAAGGUUGUUAAAUAAAGGAGUUUCAAUAAAUGAAAGGUUACAAUAUUUGCUAUACAUUUUGAAAGUGCUAAAGCAGACUUAAAAAAACAACGAACUGAAUUCCUGACGUAUUUAAUCCGGUUCUGCACAUUUAAACCGAUGUAUUGUGUCCAGUUUAUUUUAGGGAUUUUCAAUAAUACAAUGCACAACGGAAGUCUGAAUUUCUCUCAGUAAUGAACAUAUUUCUUCCGAUCAUGAAGCAAUGUUCAAUAGGAAAUGUGUAUUUUUGACGAGUGUAUAUACAUCUAAUACAAAUGACCAUAAAUAUCUAUGUAUUGGGUUUUCUCUAUAGACUGUAAUGAUUCUGUGGGUAAUACUUGCCUAUUUCCACGAAUCCUAUCAGAUUGAUUUCUGGACGAAAAUUCCAACAUGUGGAAAUAGGAAGAGGGGACGUCCGUUCUAUUUCGGUACAACUGAUGUGGAAUGCAUGAGAUCAAUACGCCGCCAGAAGAGGGCGCUGGUCAGCUAUCCACUUCCGGAGAGGAAGUACUGGUCCCUGAACCAUAGAUGGGUGUACUACGAUGGUUGGUACUUUGAGCUGUUUUACAGACCUCACACUAGACGCCCGGCCAAGUCUAAAUUCUGUCGUAGUUCCCGAGAAGCCAUUCCAGCUGGAUACAGUACGCUCGACAUUGACUGUAUCCGGAAGUGUGCCGUGUAUUAUAAUAAACGAUUCAUUGCCCGUUAUAAAACUUUUACGCAUAAUUGCCACCAUUACGCCAAUAAGAUCGCAGAGGUUUUGUGUACAUACUCCAUGUGUCCGGACUGGUGCGAAGAACUGUACCUAGAAAAAGGGGAUCCUAGAAUGGUGACCAAAUUUGUUAGGCAUACAACUACGCCAUCGCCAAACUCUACAACUAAAGUCAUGUCCCGGCACUGAAACUAGUGAUAUACCGUCAACACAUUGGUAUCACCGUUAUUAACUUUAUAUGUGGAGAGAGAGAGAGAGAGAGAGAGAGAGAGAGAGAGAGAGAGAGAGAGAGAGAGAGAGAGAGAGAGAGAGAGAGAGAGAGAGUUUUCAGAACGAACAUUUGUGAAAACGUCUUUUUGUAUGGCCGAUAUGUUAUGUCUCAUUUGUCGUUGCAAAUUUGUGUAAAAUUAAUUAAAAACUACUUAUUGCUUAGGCGACGUUUAUCAUUUUA